AUGCAAGCUCUGCUGCAGCGUCUCCAGUGGCAGCGGCAAGGCGUAAGAAGAGUGGUCAGCAGCCGGCAACACUCCUGCCCGCCGCCACCCCCAAUGCCAACUAACCCGCAACGGAAGCGCACCAAGUCCACCAACAAGAUCGAUGCUGUUGGUGUCCCCCCGGGGUUUGAGCGGCCUCAUAUUCCCAACGAGGACAUUGUUUGGCUGACUGACGCUUGUGGUGGUGAUUUCAAGAGCUGGGCCUAUGCACUUCAGGGCUCGACGACGGUCAUCUGCUUUUUUUGCGACACAUAUAAGAAGAGUAACGCCACCAUUUCCCGCACGAACUGGGAUCGCUCAGCUUACACCCGGCACGAGGCCUCCCACUCCCACAAAGCGGCUGUAGACCAGUAUGCCCAGGAUCAUCAUCAGCAGCAAACUAACAAGCACCUGGCCAUGACCCAGGUUGCCGACAAUGCCUUGUUGGCUCUGUUUGGUGGCGCAUACAUGGUCCUGUACCAAGCCAUGCCUUUCACUCACUUCCCAGUGAUCUGUGAAUACAUGGACUGGCUUAAAGUACCAAACAUCACCACACUGUACAAAGAUCCUCGAGCACUUGGGCGUAUGGCAGCUUGCAUUCACGACCACUUGGAAACAGAGCAAGCGUCGCGUAUCGAGGCUGCCACUUUCAUCGGCGUGCAGAUGGACGAAUCAACGUGCAUCGCAGCGAUGCACCACAUUAAUCUUAUGAUGCCUAAGCUCGCACGAAAGCAGCACCUGUUCUCGGAGAUGUGGAAGCUCGCGCUGUUCUGUGUGCAAAUUAAGCCCACGUCGGUCAAUUGCGAGCGCGUCUUUUCCGCCCGUACCGUCAUGAAGGGGGACCGGCGGACACGCUUGUCAGCUAUCCGGCUUAACGAGAGUCUUUUCGUGAAGCUGAAUACGUCGGGGUCUUUUAAGGAGGAUGCAGUGUUGAAGGGGGCUAUGGCCAAGUACAAGUCCUCCACUAGGAUGCACCUCUACACGCACAUCGCCGAUAAGGUCGAGAAUAUCCUUCGCGACCCGCGCUUCAACCGCAUGCGGUCGGCUUUGUGA